AAAAUGUGGAAGUUAAGAUUAGAAGUGGACAUCUGGUACAAGGGGUUGUUAAAAGUAUUAAUAGAAUGCAUAACGUUGUCUAUUUGAGUUCUGAUCCUGAUGCUGUCUCCAAAUGUGUGACCAAGGAUCUUAAGGGGCUAUCAAUUGAUCUUCUCGUUCCAGGAAUGAUGGUUAAUGCCAGUGUGCGUUCAAUUCUUGAUAAUGGAAUUAUGUUAUCAUUCCUCACGUACUUUACCGGAACAGCUGACAUGUUCAAUUUGCAGCAAUCUUUCCCCUCUUCCAAUUGGAAAGUUGAUUAUCCACAAAAUAAAAAGGUAAUAACCCCUCACUUGUUUAUGUAAAAAAGGCAAAGCUGAAAAGCAUUAUGAGACAAUGCUUUGAAUGAGUGGUCACACAAAUUUAUGCAAAUUUAUGCAAGUUCGUAUGAAAACUCACUGCAGAUCAUGAAUGAAAGACUUGCUACGCCAAUAUAUUCUUUUCUUCCUUUUUGAAGAAUGAGCUUGUACUUUAUGAAGUACAUACCUCUUCUAUUUGGAAGACAAUAUUCGUUGAAAAUAAAGGCAUUUUCUUGGUGCCUGGCACAUGGUGCUAUUAACCUAUGUUUUUCAAUUUUGCUAACGCUAAGGGACGCUAAAUUUCAUAAGGUGUCGUUGUUGCAUAAUGUGUAGGAAGAGUGAUGAAAGUAAUUUUGACACAUCAAUAGUUUGAUACCACUAAGAAAACCUUGCAUAUCCAUUAGUUGUGAUUGUAGCAUAAUGUGGUGAGGGAGCAGUGGAAGUCAUUCUCAUUUGCUUUGCAUUUGUGCUUUUGAAUAGUUUUUGUUUUUAUUGUUUGAAGGAACUUUUGUUGCUCCAUCAUCCAACACUGAGAUUUUCUCUUAUAAUGAGUAGUACAGUGGAGGACUGAAGUCCUUAAAAAGGAAGUGAAAAAGAUGAGUUAAACAAUUAGGGAUCGUUUUGGUUGUUGGAUAGGAGUAGCAUUAUUCAUGUAUUAAAACCAACUUACCUAGUACCAUGUUUGGUAGUAUUUUAGUUGCUAUGUAUAGAAUUCAGCACACCAAGUACGGUGUUUGGUUACCAGUUUACAAUUCUGCAUAACUAAUACAUGUAUAGGUUAUGAGGGAAUUUAUGUAUUAUUUUAUACAGGGUAAAAUAUGGAACAACUAAUAUAUGAACAACUAAACCCUCCAUAACUAAGUUCUAAAUUACUAAUACCUUAAUACCUGCUUAACUCUAAGUCUCUGACCAGCAACCAAACUACCCCUUAAUGUUCUAGAAGUUGAAGGAUCAAGCUGUCCAGUUGUUUCGUAUAUCAGUUAAUUUCACCAUUAAACAUUGCCAGAGGGUAAGAAAAUCACUAUCCCAGACCAAAUACUAUGGUAGAUAUUUGUCUAGAAAGUCCUCGCAGUAACCUCAAAACAAAUACACCAUGAGGCCACAAAAUUUAGGUUGGGAAUGUCACACGCCAAAUUCUUGAUGAGCAUGUGACCAAUCUCUACCCAAAAUCAUGAACAUGCAUACAAAAUUUUGUAAAAACAUCCAUAUCUUAGAGAAACAUGUGGAUCAAUAGCCUAAAAAUCAUAAGUAUGGCCCAUGGCCUCAAAACAUGGUGCAGAAAUCAUGCAUAAAUGUCAAAUAACAUAGGUCUUAUGUACAUAAGUAGACCUUCCAGAGUGUAUCAGGGAACCUCUACUGAUGGUACAUCAAGGAGUAGAACUUGCACCAGACAUGAUUGGCUAUGCAAGAGAGUAGUUUAGAUAUGACUGGCACCUACUGAUAAUAAUAGUGAGGCUCACCAAAAUAAGCUGAAGAGGAAGCAGUAGUCUAGGUCGUCUCACUACCUUUGUGUGCACAUGUAUUUGCAAGGAAAAUAUAACCACGCAUCCCAAUACAAAUCAAUUGACAUGCAUGUGAUUUAAUUUCCAUCAAUUCUACUCCGGACAAUUUCAACAUAACCCAUCUAGGGUUCAUACAUUGGCUACUAGCCAAUUAAAUCCCAACCUCUUCAUCUAAACAACUAAACAUGCCCGUUGAUUCAUUAAUUAGUCAUUCUCAAAAUCAUUGGAGUAAUUACCGAACUUAACCUCUAACCCCAAGUUUACUAUCAUCAUCUUCUCCAGACCCAAAUAUUCUCAAGAAAAUUCUUGUUAAUGAAGUCCAAGUUGUGGGGUUACCUCUUUGAAGAAAAAUAGUAACUUCUCAAGAAUGCGAUUGUUAUGAUUCUUAUAAUUUCAACCAAUGGAAAAGUUAAUCCUUGUGUUAAAUUGUGUAGAUCUACCAAAAACCAUCAUAACUUACUUAUCUUGAAGUGUAGUUAUGACUGUGGUCUUAGUCUCUCUCUCUCCAAAGCUCUCAAGUUUCAUAAUGAGGCUAACUUGCUCUCUCUUUGGCCUCAUUUUAUUUAUAGAACUGCAGUCUGACAGCUCUUCUCGUGUUGCGCGCCUCUCAGUUCUGGCAAUUUUCUUAUUCUCGCAAUGUGAGGAAACCAUGAGGAAUGGUUGGUUUGCCAGGUCCUCGCUGGCAUUGGGCUCACGGUGGUCUUCGCUGUAAUGAAGCAUGGUCCACUAAUGUCUUCUCGACGCACUCGCCUGUGUCCCUAGGUUACUGAACUUGCUUAUGCCAUCAGUACACUGCCUCAUGCCUUGGCCAUUUCCUUAGCUCCUCCGUCCUCUCUUGUAUCUCGGCAAGUGUUUGGAAGUUCAACUUAACUCCAGCUUUGGUCACCAAUGACUAUGGGUUACGUUACCACUUCCAAUUCUUGGCAUACGUAUGUGAUCGCAUUCUAAUGACUUCACCACCCUUCUGCACCUCAGGCUACUUUAAUCACGUCAUUAGGGUUGCAAUUAGCCCGAAUUAAUAUUAACUUGUAUGGGGAUUUACAAGGAAAAAUUGUAAAUUGAUGCUAGAGCAAGAAAAUCUCAUUAGUUAUUUGGAUGUUUCUUCCAGAAGUUGUAGGCAAUUUUUCUUUGUAGGAAAAGGUGAUUAUGCCUUUACAUUAGGCGACUAUCAGAAAUGAUUUAACUCUCAGUCUGUGCACCUGAAACAAGUCAUCCGUGUCACUGUUUAAAACAAAGGAUCUGCGUAUGCCAUCAUUUUGGAGGAGUAUGUGAUUUUCAGUAUAGAGUUGAAAGGAAAAGGAGAGUCUGAGAUUGCACCAAGUAAUGGUUUGCAAAUUCUGUUUCGUUCACCUCCCAUGCCCUUGUAUCAGAUCAAGGGAAGGUUGAAAUCAGAUAGUGUUUCAAGCAAACACUUCGAUCAUCUGCUAAAGCAAAUCGUGUUUCAGAUGAAACAAUUAGAUCAAUCUACCUCUCUAUCCCCUAAUACGCUAAAUUAUGGAACUCUCACCCAAAAUUGCCUCCCUCUGAAGAAUUAAAAUUUCCUAAUGAGGGAUUAGUAGAUAAAUUUAUCCUCCCAGAAAUUAGUGCAAAGUCCAUAAAUUAUAGUGAACAAGAGGAAAGGAGGAAGCAUAUACCCAAGAUUAAUUUCAGGAACUUAAACAACGGUGUUAGCUCCGGCCUCCGAGUUUAGCAACCCAACCGUUCAGUUGCAGCCCAUAGUUGCUCUUGACUACAGUUGGUGUGUUUUCAUUGUUCACUUUUGAGUUUGGUCUCAGCAAAAAUGGCAAGAUCAUUGAGAUGCUUACUGCCUUAAUGUGCACUGGGGUGUAUUUGAUCAGAUCUAGAACACUAUAUAGGAUAGAGUGUUUUCUUGUCCUCCGUAUGGUGUAAGUCAAUUAGACUUUCAUGAUAUACUCUGUAUUGAUCUUUAGUGAGGUUGUAGAGCUCGAUGUUAAACAACCACAUACCCUAAGUAAUGUGGUUUCGGGAGGGUGAGAUUGAUAGACGUCCAUCCUCAUUUUACUCUUCCUAUCUUUGAGUAAAUUUUUUUUUUGGUAAUAGGAAAAUGAAUGAGUUGCCAAAUCU